AAUUAUCAGAUAAACAAUGAACAUCACAUCAACGAUAGACAAUGAGAAUUUUGUUUCGAAAAUUAAAAAGAGCAAUUAAUCGUAACAAUUUCAUAGGAAUUGUUCUACUUCUGUGACUUACCGACAAUUAAAGGACAAUUAACAAACGUAUUAGCAUCAGAGUUGAUUCACUUUUGGUCACAAUUUUGUAAGGUCGACGUAAAGAUAGAACUUGGGAAUCCAAGAUCAUUGAGUUUGGAUUCGAGUCUAUCAAGAGUCUCCUCUGCCAAUGUUGGUUUUCGGGAUAAAAUCCAAGUAAUAAUUAGUAAAGUGAUUAGUUGAUUGUUCCAGGAUUAUAAGAUUAAUCAAUUUCUUAACGUUUUGUAAUAAUAUCAUCAAAUGUUUUCUAAAUUAUCUGAGCAUUUCUAUGAAAUCUGUGUAGUUUUUUGUGAAUUGACAGUUCUAAGGAAUAAAAACUUUGUUGCUCAACUGUUCGUGGAAACUAUUAUCACGAUAGAAUUGUUCAUUAUUAUGAUUAAUCUUCUUGCAAGAGAUGAUAGUUUGAUAAAUUUUCUUCUUGCUAAAAAUAAUAACUAAUUGAGGCGAAAUCACUGAUCAAUGAUCAAAUGAAGACUUUGUAUCUGAUUAGGAUAACUUUUGUUUCUCUUUAUCAUGAUCUAUUGAAUUACAAAUGAUCGAAAGUAAAUUAAUUAACUUUAAUUUUAGAUUUACUGGUAAAUGUAUCAAAGAAUUAAUUGUUCAAACUAAUCAGUUAGACUGAAUUUCACCUUGGAGAUAAUUGUGCUGAGAACAAUGAUUUUGUUUUAUCUAGUAACAUUUCUAAGAAAAUUAUCUUUUACUUUGAAAUUCAAAUGGAUAUAUAAAGAAGAGCAAAAUUUUAAUUAAUCACAAUUAACAACUUCACAAAUCGACACUGAUUCCAAGUGAUAUUCAAAAAGUUCAAUCAAUAUGAAAUUGUUACUUCCCUUGAUCGCUCUUAGUCUUGUCUCAAGUAUUGAAUCAAUCAAAUCAAUUCCGGAUGAAUAUUUUGAUCAAUUUUUGGAAGAUGUAACCUUGGCAACGGUACAAUAUCAUAUUGACUGGAUAGAAAGCAUCAAAGGCUGGAAAGAAAAUAGUACACUGGAAUCUAAUGUUAUUCACCAAGUCCAAGUUUAUAUGAAAUUUGAUGCUGAUGAUUAUAGUUCAAAAUGGGAUUAUGAUCUUAGUAUUAAGGCAAAUUUAGUUAAUUUGGCCAGUAACGUUUUGACCAACGAUCUGACUAACGUAAUAAAUUUGAACCAAACUGUUCUGGAAAAUGUCCAUACCCUGAUCAGUGGCUACGUGCUACGGUUACCUUUUUACCUUGGCGAAAACAAAGUUUUAAAAGCGACUCGAUUCGUUGCUGGAUUGAUUAAGCAGCUUGAUAUUCCAGAUUUGGACGUUAACAAGUCACUUAAAACUAACAUCGACUCAUUUGUUACCAACGCACUCGCUGGUAUUGAAGCAUCUACCAAUUCGGAUAACAUGGUCUCUUCUGUGAAGACAAUCGUUGAAAAUUUCGUUACUAGUGCUCUCAAAUUGAUCAGAUUCAAAGGAUAUUCAUCGCAGGUCAAUCUUCAUGAUAAUGCCUACACUUUUCUCCGUAUGAUUAUAAAAAAGUAAUGAAGUCUAUGGUUAAAACUCUUUCUAAAACCAAUAAAUCUAUUUAAUUUUGCAAUA